AUGAGUAAAGAAUACUAUCACACUCAAGAAGUAUUAUUGGAAGCCCAGUACAAUGAUGAUAUUUUAAAGGAAAAUCAAUUUAGAUGGGUUAUGUUCCCUAUAAAGUACAAAACAUUUUGGAAUUAUUACAAAGAAAUCGAAUCCCUUUUUUGGACAGCAGAAGACCAUAACUUCGAUAAGGAUAAGCCAUUUUUGAAUACUAUGGAUCAAACUAAGUUAUCUAAAUUGCUAGAACUCCUUUGCUUUUACAGUUUAAAAGAUUUGCACCUACGUGAUGAGCAAGCAAUCAUAACGAGCAAACUACUAGACAUAAUUCAAAUACCAGAAGGUCGAGCCUUUUAUGGAUUUCAAAUGUGCAUGGAAAAUAUACACAAUGAAGUAUAUGCAUGUAUUUUUGAAUCCUACUCCUCAGAUUCAAAACAAAAAAAAGAAAUAAUUGAUAAAGUACUAAAGUAUCAAAGUGUUUUUAAAAAACAAACUUGGCUAUAUAACGAAUUUGAAUCUAACAUCCCAUUUUAUAAUAAACUAAUUCUUUUAUAUAUAUCAAAAGUACUUUUUAAUGGUGGUCUAAAUAUAGUAUCUAAUCAUUCUAAAGAAAAUGGAAUAUUACCAUGCUUAACUAGUGUAUAUGAUAAGAUACAAAGAGAUGAAUAUUUACAAGGAGAUUUUUCUGUUAUGUGUUGUAACCAUUUAAAUAAUAAAUUAAAAUAUGAACAUGUAUUAGAUUAUUUUAAAACUGCUGUUGAUUUAGAAUAUGAUUUUUGUCUAGAAAUGUUAGACUUUGAUUCUUUAAAAAUUACAAAAGAUCAAGUAAAACAAUUUUUACAAUAUUUAGCUGAUACUAUGUUAGUCAACUUAAAAUAUCCCAAACACUACAAUGCAAAAUAUCCAUUUACCUGGAAAGAAUUCUCUAAGAUUAUUGUCAGUGAGAAUGCAAAGAACGAUUCUGUUAAAAAGUCUGCUGAUCUGUAUGGAGAAAAACAAAUAACCUUUGACGAAGAUUUUUAA